UCAGCCGUGGGGGAGGGGGCCGGGGAGGGGAAGGGAAGUUUGUAGAUGUAGGCAUGUGGCCUGCUAGGAGCGCCUUUGGCUUUUCUUAGGGAUGGCUCUCUUGCUCACCAGAGCCUCACAAAGAUAAUCGCUCAGGAAGUGUCUCAGCCAAUCCGCGGCCGCCUUACACUCCGAUUUGCCGGGGCAGCCAAUCGGGGGUGCGCUUUCAUGAGGCGGCCAGAUCAUCAAGCCGAAGUGCCAAACCCUUUUUCUGUGAGAACUAGGAGCCUGUCCUCCAUGUUUUAUAAGUAUUGACAUUACACAGUGUUAACAAUGCAUCCACAGAGUCCCAAAUCUGCCAGCCUGUUCUCUCUUCUUAACUGUGGAAAAAUGAGACGGUUGCUUGAACAUUUGUUGGCUUGGCUGAAGAGGAAAUAAAAACAGAACAGGAGGUGGUAGAGGGCAUGGAUAUUUCUACCCGCUCCAAAGAUCCUGGCUCCACAGAGAGAACCGCCCAGAAAAGAAAGUUCCCCAGCCCUCCUCAUUCCUCCAAUGGCCACUCGCCACAGGACACAUCCACAAGUCCCAUUAAAAAGAAAAAGAAACCUGGCUUACUGAACAAUAACAAUAAGGAGCAGUCAGAACUAAGACAUGGUCCGUUUUACUAUAUGAAGCAGCCACUCACCACAGACCCUGUUGAUGUUGUACCACAGGACGGACGAAAUGAUUUCUACUGCUGGGUUUGUCACCGGGAAGGCCAAGUCCUUUGCUGUGAGCUCUGUCCCCGGGUUUAUCACGCUAAGUGUCUGAGACUGACAUCGGAACCAGAGGGGGACUGGUUUUGUCCUGAAUGUGAGAAGAUCACAGUAGCAGAAUGCAUUGAAACGCAGAGUAAAGCCAUGACGAUGCUCACCAUCGAACAAUUAUCAUACCUGCUCAAGUUCGCCAUUCAGAAAAUGAAACAGCCAGGGACAGAUGCGUUUCAGAAGCCUGUCCCGUUGGAGCAACAUCCUGACUAUGCAGAAUACAUCUUCCACCCAAUGGACCUUUGUACAUUGGAAAAGAAUGCUAAAAAGAAAAUGUAUGGCUGCACAGAAGCCUUCUUGGCUGAUGCAAAAUGGAUUUUGCACAACUGCAUCAUUUAUAAUGGGGGAAAUCACAAAUUGACGCAAAUUGCAAAAGUAGUCAUCAAAAUCUGUGAGCAUGAGAUGAAUGAAAUUGAAGUUUGUCCAGAGUGUUAUCUAGCUGCCUGCCAAAAACGAGAUAACUGGUUUUGUGAGCCUUGUAGCAAUCCACAUCCUUUGGUUUGGGCAAAACUGAAGGGGUUUCCAUUCUGGCCUGCGAAAGCUCUGAGGGAUAAAGAUGGGCAGGUGGAUGCCCGUUUCUUUGGACAACACGACAGGGCCUGGGUUCCAAUAAAUAAUUGCUACCUCAUGUCUAAAGAAAUUCCUUUUUCUGUGAAAAAGACUAAAAGCAUCUUCAACAGUGCAAUGCAAGAGAUGGAGGUUUACGUGGAGAACAUCCGCCGAAAGUUCGGGGUUUUUAAUUACUCUCCAUUCAGGACACCCUACACGCCCAACAGCCAGUACCAAAUGCUGCUCGACCCCUCCAACCCUGGCGCUGGUGCCGCCAAGAUGGACAAGCAGGAGAAGGUCAAGCUCAGCUUUGACAUGACCGCGUCGCCCAAGGUCCUAAUGAGCAAGCCCAUGCUGAGCGGGGGCGCGGGCCGCAGGAUCUCCUUGUCCGACAUGCCGCGCUCCCCCAUGAGCACGAACUCCUCCGUGCACACAGGCUCCGACGUGGAGCAGGAUGCUGAGAAGAAGGCCACGUCCAGCCACUUCAGCGCCAGUGAGGAGUCCAUGGACUUCCUGGACAAGAGCACAGCUUCACCAGCUUCCACCAAGACAGGACAAGCGGGGAGUUUAUCCGGCAGCCCAAAACCUUUCUCUCCUCAAGUAUCAACGCCAGUCACCACGAAAACGGACAAGACAUCCACCACGGGAAGCAUCCUGAAUCUGAACCUGGAUCGGAGCAAGGCCGAGAUGGACCUGAAAGAGCUGAGUGAAUCUGUCCAGCAGCAGUCUGCUCCUGUUCCUCUCAUCUCCCCCAAGCGACAGAUUCGCAGCAGAUUCCAGCUAAAUCUCGACAAAACGAUAGAGAGUUGCAAAGCACAAUUAGGCAUAAAUGAAAUCUCGGAAGAUGUUUAUACGGCUGUCGAGCACAGUGAUUCGGAGGAUUCUGAGAAGUCAGAUAGUAGCGGUAGUGACUCUAUCAGUGAUGAGGAGCAGAGGUCCAAGAACGAACCAGAAGAUGCCGAAGACAAAGAGGGAGCUCGGAUGGACAAAGAGCCAUCUGCCGUCAAAAAAAAGCCCAAAUUGCCAAACCCGGCGGAGACGAAAGAGGAGCUGAAAGUCAGCACGUCACCAGCCAGCGACAAAGCGGACCCAAGCUCGGUCAAGGAGAAGACGAGCCCCCAGCCUGAGAAGGACUUUUCAGACAAAGCAAAACCCUCACCUCAUCCCACAAAGGAUAAGCUGAAGGGAAAAGAUGAGAUGGAUUCCCCAACAGUGCAUUUGGGCCUGGACUCCGAUUCAGAGAGUGAACUUGUCAUAGAUUUAGGAGAAGACCAUUCUGGGCGGGAGGGUCGAAAAAAUAAGAAGGAACCCAAAGAACCAUCUCCCAAGCAGGAGGUUGUAGGUAAAGCUCCACCAUCCACCACAGCGGGCAGCCAGUCUCCCCCCGAGACGCCGGUUCUCACUCGCUCAUCCUCCCAGACUCCCACGGCUGGGGUCACGGCCAGCACCAGCACCACGUCCACGGUCACGGCCCCGGCCGCCGCCGCCGCCGCCGCCUCCACCACGGGAAGCCCGGUGAAAAAGCAGAGGCCGCUUUUACCGAAGGAGACUGCCCCGGCCGUGCAGCGGGUCGUGUGGAACUCAUCAACUGUCCAGCAGAAAGAGAUCACGCAGAGCCCAUCCACCUCCACCAUCACCCUGGUGACCAGCACCCAGUCGUCGUCCCUGGUCACCAGCUCAGGGACCACGAGCACCCUUGCAUCUUCGGUCAGCGCAGACCUGCCCAUCGCCACCGCUUCAGCUGAUGUCGCUGCAGACAUCGCCAAGUACACUAGCAAAAUGAUGGAUGCAAUAAAAGGCACGAUGACGGAAAUAUAUAACGAUCUUUCUAAGAACACUACUGGAAGCACCAUAGCUGAGAUCCGCAGGCUGAGGAUUGAGAUAGAGAAACUCCAGUGGCUGCACCAGCAGGAGCUCUCAGAAAUGAAACACAACUUGGAGCUGACCAUGGCAGAGAUGCGGCAGAGCCUAGAGCAGGAGCGGGACCGGCUCAUUGCCGAGGUGAAGAAGCAGCUGGAGCUGGAGAAGCAGCAGGCGGUGGACGAGACCAAGAAGAAGCAGUGGUGCGCCAACUGCAAGAAGGAGGCCAUCUUCUACUGCUGCUGGAACACCAGCUACUGCGACUACCCCUGCCAGCAGGCCCACUGGCCCGAGCACAUGAAGUCUUGCACCCAGUCAGCUACCGCCCCUCAGCAGGAAGCAGACCCCGAGGUGAACACAGAAACACUAAAUAAGUCAUCCCAGGGCACCUCCUCCAGUACUCAGGCAGCCCCCCCGGAAACCAGCGCCUCGAAAGAGAAGGAGACGCCAGCUGAGAAAAGCAAGGACAGUGGCUCGACCCUCGACCUCUCUGGCUCCAGGGAGACGCCCUCCUCCAUUCUCUUAGGCUCCAACCAAGGCUCUGUUAGCAACACGUGCGACAAACAGCCCGCCUCUGCCCCAGCCACCACAGACCACCAGCCGCACCCCAGCUACCCAGCCCAGAAGUACCAUUCCCGGAGCAGUAAAUCCAGUUGCUGGAGCGGCAGCGAGGAGAAGCGAGGGUCGGCCCGCUCCGAGCACAACGCCGGUACCAGUUCGAAGAGCCUCAUCCCUAAAGAGUCCCGCCUGGACACCUUCUGGGACUAGGGUCACGCUGGGACACAAGCCGCCCGCCCCAUGGAGAGAAACACCCCAGACACCGGGGAAACCGGAAACCGCAAAGAAACGUGAGACCGGAAGACCUCCACCCUCGGACUGGAGGAUGCCAGCCAUUCAGACGCGGCCUCUGCAUCCGGCACGGAGCGCUGCCAACACUACGUCACGUCCGGCGAUAGCCUUGACUGAGGACUGUUCCACCCACGUGAAACCUUUGCUUUAGAUGUAAAUAAUGUACAAUUUGUGGAUGUCAUCGAGCCUAGAGUACCUUUCCCUUUUUAUAUUUGUAUUGACUUUAACUUAUAAAAAAAAAAGAAAAGAGGGAGAAAAAAACAAUGAAAAACAGAAAACACACCCAACAACAAAAAGAAUGGAUGCUGGAGAGAGGAUGGUCAUCCAGCCCGUCUGUCACAGGGGUGCAAGAGGGCGUGGGGCUCACUCUGGCGCACAGCCCUCCUCUGAUGCCCCGUGAGCUGUUUCCAUUCGUAUGUCUGUACAUGGCACAUUGGGAUCAGGAAUUUCCAGCACAGAAUUCGGUGCUGCUGUGGACACAUCACAUGCACCCAUUGGCCCCUUUUCAAAUACUACGUUAUCAUGUUACAAAAGGCAAGCUCUCUGGACCAGAAGGACACGCAGAGGAGCUCGUUAAUUUUAUGUGAUUUCCACGAUGACUCUACUCCUAUAAAAGGGAAAAAAGAGAAAAAACAAAACAAAACGAAACCCCACCUCCUUGUUUACAGAAGAUUAACUAGAAACAAGCCCUGCUCAGCUCCGUUUGCAGAAGAGGGGACCGUAGGAAGCGUUCGAGUCAGAAGCUCCAAAACGAGAGUUUUUCUUUGCUUUGUGGUUCCUUUAAAGACACUCACACCCGCUUGGUAAGAGAUGGCCGUGCUUCACGGAAGUGAGAAGUCAAAGGCGAGACGCACGCGGAGGACAUUUGAGUCUGAGACGAAGCAUGUAUGUAAUAUUUAUACGAUGGAAUUUUACGUUUUUAUGUCCGCAUGAAACAAAGGCAGUUUGAGGGGAAGCAGGACACCGCCGUGCUGUCUGUUACACUACGAAUGCUGUAGUACCAUUUUGUAUGUUGUGUAAAACAAGAAGCAUUGAACAACACAAAAAGGUGAUGUAUGUAUAUGAGAAAAAUUAAUUGUACGAUAUCAUUCCAGUACAUUCUGUUGUACAUUUUAGUCUUGUUUCCUUUCUCUUCAUUGUUGAUAAGAGGAUGUGAACUGUACAGUUUCCAGCUAGUUACCCAUAUUAGAAAAGAAAUAAAAGAGAGAGUCCUAGAAGAAAACAGGAAAGUACAUUUGUCGAUUGCAGUUGUCAAAAAAACAAACAAAAAAAAACUAGCCUAGCUGGCCUUAUUUGUGAAGCAUAAUUGCUUUUAGCAUAUGGAAGUAUUUUUUCACAUUUUCUUUGUAUAAAAUUUGUAUUAAACUUAAAUAUCUUUUUUGA